AUGAACUUUGGAACUGCAAAAGUCACAGAAAUCUCAUGCGAAAUGGGAACAUCGGAUAAGGAAACAACGUAUGACAAUGCCCCUGAGGUCUCGGCUAGAUCCAAGAAGAAGAAAAAGCAGUUGCAGAAUGACUGGAAAUCAUCGUGUCUUAGAGAAGACAGGCGCCGAGCAAAUGAGUUAAUGCAGAGAAUCCUCAGCGCAAAACACAGGACUAUGUGUGAUCAACAAUGUGAAAUCGACGAGCUACGUCGAAAGAUGGCGGUGAUAAUGGAAGAUAAUCGUUUUCUUCGUGAGCAGGCGCAAAUGCAAGCAGCAAUCAUAGAGAAGCUCGAUGGAAAAAACGCCAAGUUACCUUCACUUAUGAACAGUCAAAUGGAGGAGAUCCGCAUCUACCGAGAACAACUGCGCCGUCUUAAAGAAAUAUUUAUGAGAACAAAUAAGGCCCGACAGGAGGCUGAACUCGCCCGGCAAAAAGCAGAAGACGAGCUUCAGCAUUUACGUGGACUUGCCUUCGAGAAACAUCUACCAGAAAGAGAAGAAUUACUUGCAGCCGUAUCGAGAUUGCAAGGAGAAUUGGAUCUUCAGGAGAAGUCGACCGCUUCGCUCGAAAAAUAUAUUGCCAAUCUCGAAAAAAAUCAACGAUGUGAGCGCAACCGUCUUCUCAGGACGCAAAAGGAACUCCAGUUUACAGUAUCCAAGUUGUCAGAGUCCAUCCGUGAGCUUCAACUGUCACUGCAGGAAAAGCAGAAAGUUAUCGAUGCUCAGCAAAUGCACAUGAACAGGACAGUCAAACACCACACACGCUCCACAGCUGCAGGAGACAAUGCGGAACUGGUCCUGAAUACACCCUCUGAACAAUCCAGUGUCUUCGAGGGGAAAUCGUUAGACACAGAGGCCUCGUUCGUCAAGAUCCACCGCUGCAACACCCGUUGA